CUGCUCUCAGUUUCGCAGCAGCAGCAGCAGCAGCAGCAGCAGCAGCAGCAGCAACAGCAGCAGCAAAGAGGGACAGGACAACACGCUCUGCAGUCAAGAUGAGUGCUGGAGAUGUGGUCUGGACCGGCUGGCUCAUUAAAUCCCCCCCGGAGAAGAAACUCAAAAGAUUUGCUUGGAGAAAACGUUGGUUUGUCCUGCGAAGAGGCCGCAUGAGCGGUAACCCCGAUGUGCUGGAGUACUACCAGAGUAAGAGCUCCAAAAAGCCAAUCCGCACCAUCGACCUUAAAGAGUGUGAGGUGGAAAUGCUCAACGGUCAGCUCGGUAUAAAGCGAGACUUCGGAGAGAAGCAUCUCUUUGUGGUGAAGACGUCUGCUCGCAUUUUCUACUUGGUGGCCAAAACCGAAGAGGAGAUGAACAGCUGGAUCAGCAGUAUCAGUCACAUUUGCCAGUUUGGCAACCAAGAGGAAGCAGGGUGCUCAGAGGACGGUUUCCCGCGCACUCCAAUGUGGUUUCAGCCGUUGAGUGACAGCUCUGACAGGGCAUCUCUGUCAAGCCAAAUGGACUGUAGUCACCCGCCAGAUUAUCUUGUUCUUUCGCAAUGCGAGACGGGGAGUGAAAGCGCUUGCAGACAUGAGAGCUUUUCAAACUCAGAGACGUCUUUGGAACAGAAGUCAUGGGAGGAUGCUUUCAAGGACAUUGUCCCGUCACCUCCUUGUAGUGAUUCCUCGUCUCAGUCCCGCCUCAGUCCGUCUCCUUUCACGCUCGGGAGGUCGGCCAACCCUCCUCUCAGCGCCCCAUGCACUGCCCUAGCGCCAUCUUCCUCCUCUUCCCCGCUACAUCUCUGCGCCAUGAGUGUCUUCCAGUUUGACAAACCGUACCCCUGUGCGUCAUUGGAGGCCGCAAAUGACCGGCAAACACCUCCUCCGCUGCCACCUAAGCCUUAUAACCAUCUGUCUGACGAAGGCAUUCGCAGGCCGAGGGCAAUGAGUGCACUGCAUUUCCAAAAACAUGAAGCAGUGCUUCCCCGGAGGACAUCUUUGUCGAGCCUGGACCAUUUCGAAAUAGGAGAUGCUGACAGCAGAUCAACAGGGAACAGACGGCACACGCUUAAUUUGCAUUCCUGUUUUGAUACCACACUGGGUCAAAGUCAGCAAGAUGAUUCCUACAUCCCCAUGGCUUCCCCGUCCUCCUCUGCUGCCAUUGCUGAAUGUGAUGGUUACAUCCCCAUGAGGCCUGUCAGCUUCCUCGAUACAAACAGCAACAUUAUGACCACAAAGACUCUCAGCCCUGUCAUGAGCCAUGCACCUCCUCCGAUACACCGCCAUCUCAAACCUUGCUUGAGGAGAGCUCGGCCCCCACCUCUUGACUUGAGAGGCCUUUCAACAAUCACAGAAUGUCCAACUCAUCAUCCUUUGGGCAGACCAAUGACUGAAUCAUGUUUCAAAUUUUUGGGAAAGUGUUCAUCGCAUGAAGGAAGUUUUGAGAAUACGGAAAAUCCAAGAGAUGACGACACAAACUGUCCCAUAUCGCAUCACUGCUCGCUCAACUUUGAUGCAGCUCUUCCACUUUGGCCAAGAAGAUCAAACCUUGACUACUUGUCGUUGGAUUUUAACUCGGCAUCUCCUUCCCCUGUACAGAAAAAGCCUCUCCUCUCCGACGAGCAUAAGGUGGAUUAUGUUCAGGUGGAUGAGAAAAAGACUCAGGCACUGCAAAACACCAAGAUAGAGUGGACAGAUGUGCGACAAUCCAAAACAUAAGCUGAAAAGCCAUGAAGAAAAUAUUGACAGUUGAAAAAACGAUACCAAAAGAAGAAGUCUCAUUAUGAUAUCAACUCCCCUACUAUCUGCAGAAACUGUGGAAAUCAAAAUGUAAACCACUACCAUGUUUUCUGAGACUGCGCUGCCAUAAAGGAUCAUUGGAGAGAGAUACAACAAGAUCGACAGGACAUUUUCCAAUGUGAAAUACUUAUUGAAAAUAAGACUUUGUUUUUUAGGCACGUACCUCAGGAUUGGCUGAAAAGAGAUAAAUACUUGAAGAAUAUCCUUCUAGUGGCCUGUAUAAAGACUGUUGCCAGGAAGUGGUUUUCACUGGAGACCCCAACUUUGAAGAUUUGGACUGAAAUCAUAAUGGACAUUUAUAAAAUGAAGAUAACAGCAUUUAUUAAUUAUAAUUUGGCGAAAUGUAUUUCAUACUGGGAAAACUGUGCAACUAUGUCACGUCACAUAGGCCUUAUAUUAUUUUCUCGAAUUAGUGAUAGAGCACUGUGUAAAAAAGAUCACUCCCUAUAUGUUCAUAAUUUUUUCUUAGCUAUUUAUUUAUUACUAUCUGUUUAUAUUCUUUUUCAUAAUGUAUUUAUUAUCAGACAGGAGAUGUAUGAUGUGUGCAAAUAUGUUGUAAUGGAUGAGAAUGUCUGAUGCUGGACGUCAAUAAAAAGCAAUAAAAAAAAAAGAUUUAAAAGCAUUGAAAAAA